AUGCCGAAACACUGUGAGGUCCAAGCAGGAGAGCUCGAAAGCGAAGGAACAGCUGUUGAGUACCUGGGUCGCACCAAGGUACGAACCAAAGAUGCUAUCAUCACGAUACCAGAUGAGAAGCACAUCAAAGCUGUCAUCGCUGCUGCGGGAAUCUCCGCCAGAGACCGCAGUGAGGUUCCUUCCAAACAACUGAACCUCUUAGAAACGGAGCCUCUUGGCGAGGCAGAUGCCAAGCUGUAUCGCUCGGCAGUAGGAUCAGCGAUAUACCUGUCGCUGGACAGGAGGGAGAUCCAGUACGCGGUGAAAGAAGCAGCGCGACACAUGUCGCAACCGCGAAAAUGUGACAUGCAAGCCGUCAAGACCCUUGCGGCAUACUUGCAGUCGCACCCACAUGUUGGCCGAGUCACAACCUGUGAUCCCAACUGUAGCUCAGAGCGGCCAUGCGAAUUGUAUAGCGAUUCGGAUUGGGCCGGAUGCCUAGAAACACGGCGAAGCACCGACUGUUACAUAGCAGCUGUGUGUGGUGCAAUCGUCGCAUGUGGCACACAGACCCAACCGGACCUACCAGCGACAAGUUCGCCGGACGCAGAGCUCAGGGGAGUUUCGAGGGCAGCUCGGGAAGCCAUCUUCCUCAAGGAGCUGAUCACCCGAGAUUUUGGCCAGCAGUGCGGUAAGCCCUGCCUAUGGACGGACAGUUCAUCGGCAAUGCAAGCUUCCAAGCGCAUUGGACCAGGUUCCAAGCUCAGACACCUAGAAGUCUGUGAGUUCUAUGUGCAAGGAGCUUUGCAGUCCAAGCAGAUAGCCUUGGGCAAGAUCAAGGGCACCGUGAAUUGUGCCAACUUCCUCACCAAGCAUCCAAAGAGUGGAACGGAAGUAAGGCAAGCAAUGCCUGGUUUAGGCAUGUAUGAAGCUCGUGACGGAGAAGAUAUGCUCUCUUCGAGCAAGAAGAUCUCUGUCAAGGUCUCAACCGUGACCAAGCAGCAUGCGUGGAAGACUCCUACGCCAGCUUGUGUUGGAUGGAUCAAAGACCAAGAUCGAGCGGGAAGAACCGCCACGGCCUAUCGGCAAAAUGGACAACUGGUCGGGUGCAUCAAGGCACUUGUUGUCCUGAGCCAAGUUCAGGCUGUGGCAGGGCAGCCAACAUACUGCCUGUCCCCAUACGAAUGGUAUGCAUUGUUUUUCUUGGCCGCAAUCGGCACGUGUGUGCUGAUAUGGAAACUGGCAGAACAGUUCAUCGCUUGUUGUGUGGACUGGUUAUGUCCAAUCGAGCCAGUAGCACAAGAAACAGGCCAUGAGGUGCAAUUGCACAUCCAAGAUCAGCAGAUCACCUUGCGACUCAGGGUGACUGCCAUCAGAAACAAUCAGCAGCUAACGCUGACCAAUCCAGCGCCAGCGGCAACCCCGCGGUCAGAGCCGGCGGCAAACCCGCGGACACCAGCGGUAGCCCCGCGGUCUCCUGAGGAACUUACCCCUCGAGGGAUCGAGAGGUGGCAUGAGGAACGUUGGGUCCAAGAAGCCGCAGAGGCCAGAAUGACCAUGCAGGAGUUGAUCGACUGGCGCAACCAAGAAGAGUCUCUCCUACGAGGAGAGCAUCCCGGCGGCAUGUCGGACCCCCAGGACUCUGAGUCAAGUGAGUCCGAGGCGGCACCAGCCAGCGCGGGCAGCACCGCUGAACAUCGGGCAGCUCCGCCUGAGCGGGCAGACCCGCCGACCCGGGAACCGGAAAGCGAAGCCGAUGCAGCCAGCAUCGAGCGGAGCGACCCGUUCGCCCAUAUGUCUCCGGCAGAAUUCGAAGAAUGGAGACGGGCUGAAGACCGGACAAGAACUGAAGGUUGCUAUCCUCAGCUUGGGUCAACUCGCAACAAUGGACCGGUUUUGGAAUCGCCGGAUCAUGCCCUGCGUCUCCCAGUUUUCUUCGUCAGAAACUCUCUUGCAAUCAAAACUGAAGUUUAUCGAGUGGAAAAAACCAAUGUGGAUCUACCUGAUUCUUUGAUGGUGCGUGCCGUGGUGGAGAUGGAAGACAAGUUCAGGCCAAAAGUUUUGCGCUACAAUCGCUGGGCGACCAAUGUGGAUGGCAACCCCUAUAUGCGCAGUGUUGGGGAAAACUUCAUUGACCCUACUUUGGUUUGGCCUGCUAUAGUUAAUUAUCGCAGGUCUACAUCAGAUGAAGAUCAUGGAUGGUGCGUGGUUGAAAUCAGUCGCAGAUUUUUGGAGCUGGACGACCCCUUUGGUCGAAUUGCUGAAAUCGAGGCCUAUGCGAAUGGAGAGCCGGUGACAAUCCUGACAAUUUUGGCGAAGGAGAACCAUGGUGACGAAGUUCAAGGAGCAGACAUUGGUGAUGCAGUUCGAGAUGAAGACAUUCAGGGCAGAAAAAUCCCUGAGUUCCAACAACUUGGACCUGCACUGCAUGAAGCAGAAUCGGCAAACACAGUGGUAGUUGGAGAAGAAGAAUUGACUGCAAGCAGUUCAGUCGAGAAGUUGAGAAGAGCAAAAUUCUUGAAGGUGUCAGCAUCAGGUUCCAAACAGAAGAUCUUCACCAAGGUCAAGGAGGACCACUUUACUGCACUGAAGAUGCAAGCGUUGGAAGUUGCACGACAAGAAUAUGAAACUCUGGAUCCAAGACCUCGAUUCACAGAUGCACCAAAACAACCAAGUGCUGCGGAGAGAAAAUUGCAAGGGGUGACCCAUUUGCCAUUUCGUGCUUGGUGUGCAUUUUGCGUACAAGCCAAAUCCAGAGGGUACCACAAGCAUCGGUCAACACCAGAUGAAAGGGCAACGAGAACCUUUCCUACAGUUCAGGUUGGCCUCUUUGCCAUGCCGAACUACAUGGGCGUACUCCUGAUGGUCGAUGUCUGGACCAAGUAUGUUGGUGUCGAACCUCUGCGUAACAAGAAUGCUGGUGUGAUUGGUGCAAUCCUGGCUCGAUUCCUUUCCAACCUUUCCUACUUUGAUGCUGUGGAAGUUAGCUACGACAAUGAACCAGUUUUGAGCGCAGGUGUCAGCAUGACCCAUGUGAUCCGUUCCACCCAAGGACUCCCGAUGACGCCUCAACCUGGAAAGAUGUACUCCAAAUCCCGCACAAGUUUGGCAGAGAGAACAAUCCAAACAGUCAGAACGCAAGGAAAAUGUUUGGUUGCAUUCCUGGAGGGCAAGAUGCAGAUGAAGAUUCCAGAGGAUCAUGUGUUGCGUGGAUGGGCAAUGGUUCAUGCUGGUUGGUUGCUGAAUCGUUGUCAUCUGACUUCAGGAAAUGGUGUGACUGCCUACAUGGCUGUGCGGGGACGUCGUUACAAAGGUCGAGUUUGUGCAUUUGGAGAAGAAGUUUACACUUUGGAGGCGGUGAGCAAAUAUGCCAAAGAUCAUCCAGAUGACGACAAAGAGGAAGCAGGUGAACCCCUACUUCCUCCACAAGAACUUCAAGCAGUGGACAACAAACUACCUGAAAUCCCUGAUGCAGAAUUUGAACGAAUGAUAGCCGAGGCAGCGAAAAGAGACCGUGAACAGGAGCUAGCACUUCCUAUUGGCCUUGUCCACCUCGGAAAUCUCGUGCUCUGA